AUGGCUGUGCUCAAGCUUUUCCUCAUGGCUUUCAGCUUUGUCUUCUGGGCAGCGGGACUUACCAUGAUUACCCUUGGCAUUUGGGCCAAGAUUUCCCUGGGCACCUACUUGGCGCUCUCCACCAACGAAUACCCAAACACCUCCUUCAUUUUGUUGGCGACCGGCGCAGCUGUCAUCGUGUGGGGCUUCCUGGGUUGCUUCAGUGCAGCCACUGAACACCGCUGCCUGCUGCGCACUUACGGGAGCUUUCAGCUGGCGGUGCUGGUCGCCGGCUUAGCGGCGGGGCUCUCCAGCUUGUUCUACCGCAAGGAUAUCGCCGAAGGUUUCCAGAACGGCCUCCACGAAGCCAUACGCUCCUACGCCGAGGACGAGGAGAAGGCCGGGGCUCUGGAUUCCAUCCAGCGCACCCUGGACUGCUGCGGGGUUGAAAGUUACCGUGACUGGUUUUCCUCGCAGUGGUCUAAGGAGCAACAGGCACCCAACGGCUCCGUGCCCGCGAGCUGCUGCCGGGCACGCAAAAGGUGCCUGCAUAGCCCUCUCCCUUUCGGCGCCCGGGGCAUUUACCGUGACGGGUGCUACAGCAAGGUCUACAACUUCGUCAGCGGCAACAUGCUCUACAUUGCCACGGCGGCCCUUGGGCUGGCACUCAUGCAGGUGGUGGGCAUCAUCCUGGCUUGCCUGCUGGCUGCUCGGAUCCCACCCCACGCUCAGCCACCCGGAGGCACCAUCCCACACUGAAUAUGGCAUGUAGCUCACUCGGACGCAGCAUUGAGACCGUGGAAGGUACAGUAGCCCCCUUCCCGUCCUCCAAACAAUUCCAUCACCACCACUAACCCUCCAACCACACUCGCCGCAUGCACUGCCACGGCACCUCAAUUAUCUGUUUUUCCGAAUUUAUUUUAUUAAAUUUUUAGAAAUCCCACAUACAAUUCCAAUACAUUAAAAAAAACCCACAACUUCUAUAUUAUCGACUUCCCAGCCCAUUGUCCGUGAUGUUUUCCUUAUCCCCACUGCUUUGCUGCACCCUGUCUCCCCCCUUUUUACAUCAUAAUCAUAACACAAGAGUCUCUAAUUCUUUCUGUUGCUCAUCAUCCUAAUCCUGCUCGCGGAUUCUUCAUAUUUUCAUAUUUCUUCAAAUAAUCCGAAAAGGGCUUCCAUUCUUCAAAAAAAGACAAUCAUCAUUAAAUUCUAUUAUUUUAGCUGUUAGCUUUUUUGGAUCGACGUGGUCCAUAACUUUGCUUAUCCAUUCUUCUUUAGUGGGAACUUCUUCGUUUUCCCAUUUCUGAGCAUAAAGGAUCCUAGCUGCUGUGAUUGCAUACAUAAACAACAUAGCCAUCUUUUUGGCAUUGCACCUCAUUAUCUUUGCAAUUGCUCCCCCCUGUAAAGGUAAAGGGACCCCUGACCAUUAGGUCCAGUCGUGACCGACUCUGGGGUUGCGCACUCAUCUCGCAUUAUUGGCCGAGGGAGGCGGCGUAUAGCUUCCAGGUCAUGUGGCCAGCAUGACAAAGCCACUUCUGGCAAACCAGAGCAGCACACGGAAACGCCGUUUACCUUCCCGCUGUAGC